UUUAAGCAUAAAAAUGAUUAAAUAAUGACAUUUAAUGAGGACUUAUUUUCAUGAAAUAAUGAAAAGAAAGAACCCACAAAAUUAGCAAAAUCUAAUCCCUUGCGAGUCUUUUUGAUUAAACAGUAUACAUUUAUAUCAGUUAUCAUUUAAACAAAUGUAUCUUUAAUCUGACAUUUUCAAAAGAUUUAAAGAAUGUAUAAACCAAUGAAGAGAAUAUUGUGCUGUACUUAAAUGACACAAACUAGGUCAGCUGAUUUUUCAAAAAAGAUCAUAAUACAAAUCAGGUUACAUUUCGGAAAAUAGAGGAAGGAUUAUUGCCCAAAAUUUUAAACAGAAGAACAGAGACACAGUGUAAAAUUUUAAACAGAAUAUUUACUAAGACAGAGCAAAAACAAAGGACACAAAAUGGCAACAAAGGAAGAUCCAACACAGUUAGACAAGGAGUCAGGGGUUUAUACCAUCUGUUUGCCAUGCACGGAGGCAGGGAGGACAAUGGAGGCAAUUAGGUACUGCAUGGAAUGUAAAUCACAUCUCUGUGAGCAAUGUCUACAAGAUCAUAACAAGUUUGCAGCAUUACGUAAACAUCAUACAGUGGACAAAUCAGAAGCAGCUGAACAUAAAGGAGAGAGUGAUAAGUCUGAAGGAAACACUGCAAUAGAAUGUGGCAGCCACCAAGGACAAUACAUCGACAGCUAUUGCAAGGACCAUAAUGAGGUGUGCUGUAGCAUUUGCAUAACCAUAAAACACAGGUCCUGUAAGCAUACAGAAAAGAUACUGAAGGUGGCAAAUGGGAUCAAGGAAAGCAAGGAAAUUAGCGAUACUAAACUGUCCUUAGAGCAAUUUCUUGACGUUGCAAAUAAGGAAAAAGUGGAUCGAAAUAAAAACUUAACAGGUCUAGACGAGGAAAAGACCAAAAUCCUGGAAGAUAUCGAUACAUAUGAAAAGAUUAUAAUAGAAAGAAUCAGACUGAUUGCUGAAACAUCUAGAGAGAAUAUCAGAGAUGCACAUUCAAAACAUGUGAAGAAAGGAAAGUCUGAUAUAAAAGAUUUAGAUACAGUUAUGUCAGUUAUGUCAGGUCUGAAAGACAGCUUAAAUAAACUAAACGAAACAGAUAUAAAUGAAGUGGAGGCUUUUAUGAGUAUAAAAAACUGUCAAAAGGCAUUUGCUGAGGUGAAAGUGGCCAUGGAUGAUCUUUCAGACAAAUGGCUGCAGACAGAACUUCAUUAUACAUUCAAAAAUGACAUUAUACACAAAGAUAUAAAAGCUUUUGGGGACGUCACUGAAGAAGAGAAAAAAGACAGAGUCUGGCGUUUCACAUGCAAAAGGAAAGUUAACAUCAGAAUCAAAACCGACAUCAGCACAUGCAGAAUCAAAGGGAUUUGCCAGCUAGAUGAUGGAACCUAUGUAAUUACUGACAGCAGUAAUGCUAACAUUAAAAGGCUAAAUUGUAACUUGGAAGUAACAGACUACAUAAAGUUGGACAAUUGCCCAGGGUCUCUUUGUGUUACUGGACCUAAAGAAGUGGCUGUUACACUUCCAGAAAAGAAUCUGAUACAGUUUGUGAAAACUGAUGAAAGGCUGUCAUUGGGUCCUUCAUUUUCCACUGCUCCAGGACGUUGCUCUGUAAUCAAUUAUGAUUCCAGAGAGGAGAAACUUUAUGUUUGCUGUACAUAUGUCACAGCAGGUGAUUAUAAUAAAAAAAAAUAUGGGACUAUUUCUGUCUACAGUAAGGACGGCACACUGUGGACAACAUUUGAAAAAGACAGCAAAGGACUGACAGUUCUCUUUAAACCAUAUCAAAUAUUCUUAGAAACAGAUGUAAUUCUAGUUUUAGAUGUAUACAAGAAGGCAAUGGUCUUUAAAAAGACGCCUGAGGGACAACUGGAACGAAUCAGACAGGAAAUGUCAGGCUUUAGUCAGCCAGUGUAUGGAGUUUCAGGAAAGUGUUUAUGUUUGCUCUCUAAAACUGUAAUGCUUUCUCAAAACGGCCAUUGGGGUUUGUGUCUAAAUUCUAUGGAAGGAAGGCUUAUAAAAGACCUUGAAAUGGAAAAUUCUUCAAUGGUACUGGCAGCAUAUUUCAACAAGCAAAGGUCUACACUUGUGGUUGGAGCAUUUUGUGAAAUCUGCGAAUAUAAAAUGCCACUGAAGAUCCUUUUGCUACUUGAAAACAAGAGUGCAGUUUCUGAAGAAGAAUUACCAAAAAAAAAAUAUAAAUAGUGAAAGACAAAAAUGAAAAGACAUUAAGUUUUCCCAUAUAGCUGCAGGCCAUGUGGCAGUACCAGUUUUAAAAUUUAACAAAACAAGUGAAAAAUUCUAAACCAACAAGUUGCAGCUGUUCAUAUGGUAGAUGAUACCAGAUAACAAUAACUACAAAUCAUUUUUCAAUAAGCAUAACUUGACACACCUGAAAGAAGCUCUCUCCUCAGCUGUAGCAAAUUAUUUAGUUAGGAAUGAUCCAAUGGAUUUAUAUAAAAUUACCUGUUCUAUGUGUCAGGCAAGUAGAUUAUUAGUCUUGCUCCAUGAAAAUGAAGGCUUUUGGCAGGCUUUUAAUGUCAAAAGAAAAUAAACAAAAGAUGUCUGAAGGGCAUUAUGCUUGACUGUUAGAAUAUUUAUCAAGAUAUUACUAUAAUUAUGAUAUAUGCAAGUAUGAGAAAUUUAAAGGGGUGUGGGUAGGGGUGGAGUGGGGAGGGGGUUAAGAGAAUCUAAGAAACAAAAUCAAAUUAUUAAAAGAAAUGUAAAAAAAAAGUGUAUGAUGUAUAUUAAAUGAAAUUGAAAAGCAUGUCAUAAGAAUUUUAACCAACACUAUUAAAAAUAUGACAUCAGAGACCUUGAUUUUUGAGGUACCUUGCCCUAAACCGAAAGACGUCUGCCUCAUAGUAAGAUCAAAGGUAGACUAGCCAUUAAAGUGUAAAAAGAUAUAUCAUAGUCUAGGAGCUAGUCUAGAUCAAAGGUCGUUAGGGUCAUCUUGGUUAUCUUGGUUUGUUACAAGAUAAGCAGUUUCAUCAAAGGAAAAAGCAGUUUUCUUGUAUUAUAUAUUUCCAUACAAGUUCAUGAUUGUAUAUUUUUCUUUCAUUUACUACCAUUUCUGCCACUGAAAAUGUGUCUCUUUUUUUUUAAACAUAAAUCUUUUGUACAUUCUUUUAAAGCUGUAUGAACUAUUUGAAAAUUAUACUACAAAUUAAAUCUUUCA